GUUUGGAUAAGGCGGGAAUUUCUGUUAGAGUCAUCAACUUUAAAUAGUGACGCUAAUAAGACUGAUUGUUUUAUAUUGCAAACCGUUGACUGUUUAAGUUUACACUAGAUAUGACCGGCUAUUUAAAACUACUAGAGAUAGAAAAUUUCAAGUCCUGGAGGGGGCGGCAAGUGAUUGGCCCAUUUAAGAGAUUUAACUGUAUAAUUGGACCGAAUGGCUCAGGAAAAUCUAAUGUAAUGGACGCUCUUAGUUUCGCAAUGGCUGAAAGGACUGCACAUCUCAGAGUGAAACAUGUUCGGGAUCUCAUUCAUGGGGCUCAUAUUGGUAAACCUGUAUCAUCCAUUGCCAAGGUCACAAUGGUGUACAGUGAAGUAAAUGGAGAGGAAAAGACAUUUUCAAGAGUUAUUACAGGUUUAUCCACAGAAUUUCUUUUCAAUGGAAGCAGCAUCAGCCGUGCAGACUAUAUAUAUGAACUGGAAAAAAUUGGAGUCAUUGUGAAAGCUAGAAACUGCUUAGUUUUUCAGGGUGCAGUUGAAUCAAUUGCAGUGAAAAAACCCAAAGAGAGGACCCAGCUUUUUGAACAAAUUAGCAACUCUUCAGAGCUUGCCGAUGAAUAUGAAAGGAAAAAGAAUUUAAUGCAGAAAGCAGAAGAAGAUGCACAUUUCACUUUCACUAAAAAGAAAAAUCUAGCAGCAGAACGCAAGCAAGCAAAGCAGGAGAAAGAAGAGGCAGAGCAAUACCAAGCUUUAGUAGAAGAACUGCAAGAAAACCAGAUCCAGCUGCAUCUUUUCCAGCUGUUCCACAAUGAAAUGAAAAUUCACUCUCUAGCCAGUGAUCUGGAUAGUAAGACCACAAAUAUGGAGAACCAGAAAGGACAGUCAGAGGCAGCCGAAGAUGAAGUUAGAGCUAAGAAAAGAGAGUUGGGCAGAUUAAGAAGGGAGCAGCAGCAGAUUGAAAAAGAGCUGAAGACUCAAGAAGCUGCUCUUAACGAAAAGAGACCAAAUUAUAUUAAAGCAAAAGAAAAUACAUCACAUUAUAUUAAGAAAAUAGAGGCAAGCAAUAAAUCCUUGAUGAACUGCCGUAAACAGUGCACCAGGCAAAUGCAACUUAUUGAAGAAUUAGAGAAUGGACUUUCUGAAGUAGAAAAAGUAUCAAAAGAUUUUGAAAUGAAGGUUGAGGAAGAGUUCCUGAGUAGAGGAACAGAUGUCCAGUUGGCAGAAAGCCAGCUUGAGCAGUACAAGUACUUGAAAGAACAAGUGAGGAGAAAAGAUUCUACUUUAGCUCAGCAACUAGAAAAGUUACGAUGGGAACAGAAAACAGACCAGGAGAAGAUGGAAUUUGACCAAAGAAGACUAAAGGAAGUAGAGAUUAAUAUUAAGCAAACUGAGCAACAGAUAGAAGAUCUCAAGAAAAGAACAGAGAAGAUUGAAGAAUACAUCAACAACUGUAAGAGCUCUUUGAAUGAGCAGAAACAGAAAGAAGAAGGGCUGGCUUACGCUGUUGAGAGUGCAAAAUCCCGAAUGCAGGAGGUUAAUGAAGAGCUUGGUACUGUGGUUUCAGAGUUACAAAAUGCGAAAAUAGAUCAUCAUGAAGGAAGCCGUCAGAGAAGGAGAGCUGAAAUCACUGAAAGCCUCAAGAGGCUAUACCCAGACUCUGUGUAUGGCAGAUUAUUUGAAUUAUGUCAGCCAGUUCAUAAGAAGUACCAGUUAGCUGUAACCAAAAUCUUUGGCAGAUACAUGAAUGCCAUUGUUAUUACUACAGAGAAGGUUGCAAGAGACUGCAUUCGAUUUCUGAAAGAAGAAAGAGCUGAACCAGAAACAUUCUUAGCACUAGACUAUUUGAAUAUUAAACCGAUUAAUGAAAAACUUAGAGAGAUAAAAAGUGCCAAAAUGGUUAUUGAUGUUGUGCAGUGUGGGUUACCUCAACUGAGAAGAGUUGUCCAGUUUGUUUGUGGUAAUGGGUUGGUCUGUGAAACACUGAAAGAAGCAAGGCAAGUUGCUUUUGAUGGACCAGAAAGAUUGAAAACAGUAUCUCUUGAUGGGACACUCUUUUCAAAAUCUGGGAUAAUCUCUGGUGGAUCAAGUGACCUUCGCUUCAAGGCUAGGCAGUGGGAAGAAAAGGAGCUUGAAAGACUGAAAGAAAGAAAAGAACAGCUGACAGAUGAACGUCUUGACUUAAUGAAAAUUAAACGGAAGGAAAGUGAUUUAAAGCAUUUGCAAGUUCAGAUACAGGGAAUCCAAACUCGACUGAGAUAUUCUCAGACAGAAUUGGACCUGAUCAAAAAGAAGCAGCUUAUGAACUGGUACAAGGAGAAAUCAAGACUGGAGAGUGAGUUAACUAAUUUUGAAUUUCAGCUGUUAAUGGUGAAGAAUGCAGUUGAGGAAAGAGAGCAGAAAAUGGAAGAAGUAAUGAAGCAGAUGAAAGAAGUUGAAGAUAACAUUUUUCAAGAGUUUUGUGUGGAAGUCGGUCUGGCAAAUAUUCGAGAGUAUGAGGAUGAGCAUGUAAAACAACAAGAAGACAUUGACAGAAAAAGAUCCGAGUUUGAGAACCAAAUGACUCGAUUGAAAGUUCAGCUAGACUACAACCAAGAUCAGCUGGAAAAAGAAAGAAUUAAAAUUCAAAAAUUGGAAGAUAGUCUUCAAAAAGAUGAGGAGGAGGUUGCUAACUUAAAGAAGGUACUGGAGCUUCUCAAAAUGGACACUCCCCCAGUUAAUCUCAUUUUCCACGUUUUGGGGACGAUGGCAGCCUCCAUCACUUUAGUUCUUCAUGCCAGGUUUUUCAUAUCCGAGUUUGAGAACCAAAUGACUCGAUUGAAAGUUCAGCUAGACUACAACCAAGAUCAGCUGGAAAAAGAAAGAAUUAAAAUUCAAAAAUUGGAAGAUAGUCUUCAAAAAGAUGAGGAGGAGGUUGCUAACUUAAAGAAGGUAUUUAACUACCUAGAGGAAAUGAUUGUCUGA